UUAAAAAUACGUGGACAGCUGUUCAGUGUCAGAUUUUAUAUUGGCGUCAUGUUCGGAGGAAAGGUUAUAAAGAAGAAUUUUCAUUUCGGAUUUGUGGUGUUUAUUUUAAAUUGGUCCUCUUUGAAUAAAAAGAAUAAAUCAUGUACCGGCGUUGUCAUCAAGAUGGACAUGGUCGUUACAGCGGCACACUGCAUCGUCAGCAACAGGUCGGAUCGAUUCGAUCCGGAACUAGCCAGGGUGUACUUCCUGACCUCUAAAGCCCGUUAUAUCGGCUUUAACGUCAUGAGAGCCUUCGUGCAUCCUUACUACUGGCCCGAAGAGGAAAACGACAUAGCGGUGGUGCAGACCUACAACUUUCUGCCGAUUUAUGUCAACCUCCCUAAGACACCGUUUCAAGGAGGAAGCUGCUUCAUAGCCGGUUUCGGGAACCGCGACGACUACAAAAACGGUACGACUUGGCUCUCCGUCUUGCGAAGUUCUCCCCUGCCAAAACACGUCUGUCGUUUCAUGACCAGUCAUCAGGAAAAUACAAUCUGCCUCAUAAUUAACAACAUCGGGCCAUGCACCGGCGACUCGGGUGGCCCGUUGAUAUGCGAUGGGUUGCUCAGGGCCAUCCUGACCAGGGGGAUCUUCAACGGCAGCGGCUGCGGCAAAGCUAACUUCGCGAUGAUGAUAUACGAAGACUUGCACGACCACCAAGUAUGGCUAUCUAAAAUAACCUCUCUCUCCUCUUUGGUCAGAUCAUCUACUCCCAAUUAUCCAUUUCACGUUCUAUUAAUUUUCAGUUGUCUCUUCUUUCCGUACAAAUAUACAAAACGUGUCCUAAGCGUUCAAACUUCAUGUUGGUAACAACAGACGAAUCACACACAGCUGUAAUAAAACUUUUAAAUUUAGACUCAAAUUACAUGUCCAGAAGAAUAACAGGAUUAAGAGAAAAGAUUAAUUUAAAUGUAAUACAGUAUCUUUAUGAUAUUGCGUCAAGGUUCCUAUUAUGUUACUCAUUGUUUAACAUUUUGGUAAAAUUGUUCAUCAAACAGAUCUCUUUUCUUAAUACACGUUGGUAAUAAGGUUCAAAAAUUCCAAUUCUUCGGAAAUAAAUCUGAAUGCAUAUUUCGGUGUUAGUGGUUUGACUACUAAAACCCACACCGAACAAAAAAACAAUACUUUACAAAUAUCAGACUGAUCAACCUGUCAUAUUCGAUGUUAAUAAACGCAGAAGAAGACAAAAAAUACAC